GACAUAAAGCAAACUCUGAUAUUUUAAUCAAAUUAUCCUCAAAAAAUGUCAUAGAAAAUUGUUGUUGUUUUUAUUCUUUUUUUUUUGUUCUACACAAUGUGCUGUUAAUACUCAAACAUAAUGGAGCGCUCCACCGAAUGCUAUAACAUCAGGGUCGAGGAGAAUGAGGUCAAUAGUAAAGCCCAAAAUUGCAGUAGGACCGAGAGCUCCGACCUUGAUGAUAAGGACUCCACUACAACCAUUUUGAAUAUUCCCAAAUCUCAUGCAUCUACUCUUAAUUUUUUUAACGCCAAUCAGCUAUGCGACUUUCCAUCUACGACCACUCUUAAGAAUGAUCCACCCAAAAAUGUCGCCAUUGAAGAAGUCCGUGAGGGCCAGAAAUUAAGAAAGUCACAUACUCGCAUUUCUUCCGGACAAAUGAAAAGCCCAGCUUCCGGAGGCGCUCGGAUCUGUGGUAACCUAAUGAACAUUGUGACGUUCGCCGAACCAGAAAUGCGAACUGGAUGUUUCUGCGACCCGGGAACAUUUAUCGCUGCAAACUGGGGAUGUCCUUGCUGCAGAUGCUCAUCCCGGUCCCCCGCAAGCCACUCUCAGAUGCAGUCCACAUCCGAUCAGGACAUCGACUUUUGUUGCUGCUCCCAGAAUUCUAUACAAUCGGAGCAGACUUUAACUACCUCUUCGAAAUGCAGGUGCGCAAGGCAGCUGGAAGGCACUUCAGAGGAUCUACUCCCCAGCUAUUCUGACGAGGAUUCCGAAGAUCUAGUUUCUUUGGAUAGCUCAGACUCCGAGAAUCGGGGACUUGAAAUGCCAGAUCCUGAGGUUCUCCAGAAUUCUAGGCAAAGUACAAGUUCUUCUAGUUCUGGUGUUGCUUCCAGCGAAAGUUCCGCCUAUUCUAGCUUUUCGGAUAGCGGUUCCAUGGGAUUAGACACACCUUUCGUGCCUCCACCUGGCACUUGGUAUGCACCACCGCCAUGUUUUUACCCCCCAGACGCCUGCUCUGCUUGUCCGCAGUCCAACUUUCUGGGAGCCCAACAGCAGACACCUCCACCGAUGACAACCUUCAACCCGUUCUUGUGCGGAUCCAGCAUCAACGAUAUGUUCCAGACCCAAACUGUUUAUAUGACGGAUUACAGGCCGAUUUUAAGUGGGGGCAACCCUGCGCCCUUUUGUGGCGGAGGAUGCUGUUGCUCUCCUGAGCCACUUGCCACCAGUUGCUGGGAUAGUGAGUGCCUUCCGAGCGCUGGAUGCCCUGCCCCCUGCUGCUGUCCACCUGAUACUACGUGCUGCAAUGGUCUGAGUGGCGACAUGUGCGGCGGAGCCUAUGGAACCGGCGGUAUCUGCAGCUCAGAUUCUCCAUACUUUCUUUUGGGUCAGCCUAGUCCCGGAUUCUGCUGCCAUCUUCCAUGCGGUACCAACAUAUACCCGACAUGUGGUCCUUAAGUUUACAUUGACGGACAGCAGCAAGAACGGGCAGAAGACCAUGUAUCAAUUGUGCAGUGAGAUCCUGAUUUAACAAUAAACUGAUAAAAGCAA